CGCCCAUCUCUACCUAUAUCUAUGCAGUUUACAUCUCCCUCCAUUAAUUGAACGACAUGAAUAAAGUUUAUUUACAACUUUAAAUAUUUUCUGUUAACUUAUUAAAGUAACGAUGGAUGAAAUUGGUAUGGCUAACUGUGGUGUUUCUAUAAAAGAAGAAAUGGAAGAAGAACCUGAAUCUAUUCAUAUGGCUAACCGUAGUGUUUCUAUAAAAGAAGAAAUUAAAGAAGAAUCUGAAUCUAUUUGUGGGCUUAUACAUGUUAAAGAAGAGGAAGAGAUGUUUGUUCCAGAUGAAGGAGCUGAGAAUUCCUUCGACAAUACAGAGGAGAUCAAUUGGUCGAAACCUGGGACUAAUACACACUUGAAGAAGAUUAGAAUGUCUCAUCCAGUUGAGAACCCCCUUCAAUAUGUUCAUUCUGAUUAUACAGGAGCGACAGAAAGUACAUCUAAAAUGUAUGAAAUGUGUCACUUUAAAAUUAAAAAGCCUGAUCAAUGUAGUGAUGGUGACUAUAAUACAGCAAGAACAGAUUGUUUAAAAAAGGAUAUGAUUGUAUACACUUUAGAUGAGAAGUCUUUCCAAUGCCAUCAUUGUGACUAUAAAGCAGAAACACUGGUUGUAUUAAAAACACAUAUGAUUAAACAUCAUAGUGGAAAAAACCCUCAUGUAUGUCCUCAUGGCGAUUAUAAAACAGUGCGAGCAAGUAAUUUAAAAAUACAUAUGGCUCAUCAUACAGGCGAGAAACCUCAUCAGUGUCCUCAUUGUGAUUAUAAAACAGUGCGAGCAAGUAAUUUAAAAAUACAUAUGGCUCAUCAUACAGGCGAUAAACCUCAUCAGUGUCCUCAUUGUGAUUAUAAAGCAGUACAAGCAGGCUCUUUAAAAACACAUAUUAUGUCUCAUCAUACAGGCGAGAAACCUCAUCAGUGCCCUCAUUGUGAUUAUAAAACGGUGCGAGCAAGUAGUUUAAAAACACAUAUCAUGGCUUAUCAUACUGGUGAGAAGCCUCAUCAGUGUCCUCAUUGCGAUUAUAAAACAGUGCGAGCAAGUAAUUUAAAAAUACAUAUGGCUCAUCAUACAGGCAAGAAACCUCAUCAAUGUCCUCAUUGUGAUUUUAAAGCAGUAGAAGCAAGUAGUUUAAAAAGACAUAUUAUGUCUCAUCAUACAGGCGAGAAACCUCAUCAGUGUCCUCUUUGUGAACAUAAAACAGUACAAGCAGGCUGUUUAAAAAAACAUAUUAUGUCUCAUCAUACAGGCGAGAAACCUCAUCAGUGUCCUCAUUGUGAAUAUAAAACAGUACAAGCAAGUAGUUUAAAAACACAUAUUGCUCAUCAUACAGGCGAUAAACCUCAUCAGUGUCCUCAUUGUGAUUAUAAAGCAGUACAAGCAUGCUCUUUAAAAAGACAUAUUAUGGCUCAUCAUACAGACGAGAAACCUCAUCAGUGUCCUCAUUGUGAAUAUAAAACAGUACAAGCAAGUAGUUUAAAAACACAUAUUGCUCAUCAUACAGGCGAGAAGCCUCAUCAGUGUCCUCAUUGUGAAUAUAAAACAGUACAAGCAUGCUCUUUAAAAAGACAUAUUAUGGCUCAUCAUACAGACAAGAAACCUCAUCAGUGUCCUCAUUGUGAAUAUAAAACAGUACAAGCAAGUAGUUUAAAAAUACAUGUCAUGGCAUAUCAUAGUAAUAACUCUACGUUAUAAUUAAUUAAUAACUCUACAAUACUACCAUUUCAGGAUUUCAGGAUCAAUCUUGGAUUGGCUAUUUCUUAGUCCGGAUCUCAAUACAACUGAAAAUAUGUGGGGAAUCAUUGCUAGUGAAUUCUACAACCUUCAGAAGUGAGAAAUACAAAGAAUUGAUGAGCUCAAAGAAAGGAUCACACAUAGUUUGGAAAACUUGCCAGAGAGCACUUUUAUUAAUUUAGAAUUACUUGUUUCCAAAAGACUUGGAGGUAAUAAAAAAAAACAUGGCAGUAGUUCUCAUUACCGAAAUGAAUUUUGUCUUUUAAGUGAUAGAAAAAUUUUGAGUUCAUACUUUUUCACAGAUUUGUUUUGUUAUUUGGUCCCAAUUGUAGCUAAUCCUGGCAAUAUGAUUAAAUUGUAACAAAUCAUUUUCAGUUCACAUUUAAUAAUAUCUUUUGUUACUCAGAUUCCAAAAUAAAUGACUUAAACUAAUUGAAAUAGUUUUUUCUUUGAGUUUAUAUUUAGUCACAUGACUGUUUGUACUAAUGUGAACACAUUUGGAUGAAUAUUUUAACAGAAAUAGGAAAUAAACAAUACAA